AGACCAGGACAACCGCCAGGACCUCUGAAAAGCCCAGGCACCAAGGAGAGAAGAUGUUUCAAACUGGGGGCCUCAUUGUCUUCUGUGGGCUGCUGGCCCUGCCUCUGCCGGUGGACCUGGCUUCAAGUCCUACAGAUAUUGCUGGACAGUUGACAGGUGCUCUCAGCAAUGGCCUGCUCUCUGGGGGUCUGUUGGAUACCAUCAAAAACCUUCCACUCCUGGACAUCCUAAAAACUGGAAAUAGUUCUGAUGGCCUGCUUGGCAGGCUGCUUCAGCAACUGCUCAAUCCUCUGGAAAGCCUCACUGGUAUAGAGAUCACUAAACCCAAACUACUGGAAAUUGACCUUACGCCGAGCGAAGAUGGCCAUCGCCUCAUCGUCAACAUCCCUCUGGGCUUUGACGUCAAUUUUCGAGUGCCCGUAGUCAACCUACGUCUGUUAAAGUUGUCUGUGAAGCUAAAUGUCUCUGUAGAAGUCUAUCCUCAGAAAGAUGAGAAUGGGAUCCACUUGGUCCUUGGCGGCUGCUCUCAAUCCCCUGCCGAUGUGAAAAUCGCCCUGCUUGAUGGAACUCAAACCUUCCUCAUUCAACGCCUUAUUAAUAAGCUCGUCAAUAUCUUGACUAACACCAUUCCUAAGUUUGUGCUGGGUGAGGUGUGCUCUAUAGUCAAUGGAGUUCUCAGCCAGUUGGAUGUGACCAUAGUGCAAUCCAUUGCUGAGAAUCUGAUUCCGGGAAAGAAUAUUAGCAUUUCGGUCUAAAUGUUCCAGGAAGGGACCUGGUCUCUCCUGAGCUGAACCACUUCCUGCUGCUCAAUCCAUUCCCUGCCCAGCUCCGAGGAUUCACAGAAUGCUGCCCAUGUCCUGAACAAUUACACAACCACUGUUU